AUGGUGGCCCCUCAGAGCACGCUGGGUCAGGGACGAAACUGCUAUUUUCUGGCGGUGCGGCCCAGUGCGGCCCUUUGGCGGUCUGCGGCCUGGGGAUUCGGUGCCUUUCUGGACGCCUGUCGUGAAUAUGACCAGCCAACAGCAGCACGCGGUUUCAGCCUCAUCGGUUCGACACUUCGCGCGGGGCGCCUGCGGGUCGGGACACACCCUCAAAGACAGACGCCCGGCCUUGCCCCUGUUCCCUCUGCCCUUCUUGCGGAAGAUAAGGCAACCAAUGGCAUCAUGGCAGCAGCGCAUACAAAUGGUUGCGCGGAUGAGGUCCACCGCCUUUUUCUUAUUUCGGUGUUGGCUCGCGUACUGAAAGGAAACGACAAAAGUCAGAGGGAAGAAAAAGACGAAGAAGGAGAAGAAGAAAGAAUUCAAAUGAAGGUGCAGACCGAUUCUCCUCGUUGCCAUGAGCCGGCUGGCAAUUGUCCACCUUCCACUACCCGAAACCAGUUGGUGUUGGCGUGUGAAUAUGAAAGAUGGAGACGAUCGCUUCUGCGCCCACCCAGCCUUCUCUAG